AUGGCUACAAAAGUUGUUGCCACAGCCACAGUGAGAGCUUUAAAGGGACGUAAACUUUUGCCCACCAGAGCCGCAUUGACAUUGACUCCCUCGGCUGUACAGCGUAUUAAGGAUUUGUUAAAGGGACAACCGGAAUAUACUGGCCUAAAGGUGGGUGUACGGCAACGUGGUUGCAAUGGGCUUUCCUAUACCUUAAAUUAUGCCAAAGAAAAGGAUAAGUUAGAUGAGGAAGUGGUCCAAGAUGGUGUUCGAGUUUAUAUUGACAAAAAGGCCCAGUUAUCAUUAUUAGGCACCGAAAUGGACUACGUGGAAUCUAAACUUGCCAGCGAAUUUGUCUUUAACAAUCCAAAUAUUAAGGGCACAUGUGGCUGUGGCGAAUCGUUUAGUAUAUAAACUAAA